AUGAGUACAAUACAGAAUAUCAAGAAUUUCAUCCGGCAUGGCAAGCAGGCCCGCCUUGUCACCCCUCAUUCCGAGCCGACGACCGACGUUUCCACUAUCCAUGCAGAGCCACAACGCCAACCGAUAGGUCAAUAUUCACCUGCACUCGAGGCUUUUGGCCCUGAAGGCAGAGCCAAUGCCCUCCAGAAACCUGAUUCUCAAAUCAGACAGGAUCGCUCUGUCGAAAUCGAACGUCUAGUGGCAGAGGAGAACUUGAACCGAUCAAAGAUGCCCAAAUACCCUGGCCUAGAGCGCUGGAUCUUGGUAGAGAAGAUGGGCGACGGCGCCUUCAGUAACGUUUAUCGGGCCAAGGAUACGACAACGGAAUAUGGCGAGGUGGCCAUCAAGGUCGUCCGCAAAUUUGAAAUGAAUAGCAAUCAGAACGAUCCUCACUAUCCAACGGUCAAAAAAAUCCCCGAGGCGGCGGAGCGGGCAAAUAUUCUCAAAGAGGUUCAGAUUAUGCGCAAUCUCGACCAUCCCAACAUCGUCAAGUUGAUUGAUUUUUCCGAGUCGCGGCAAUAUUACUACAUCGUCCUCGAACUUUGCCCCGGGGGUGAAUUAUUCCACCAGAUUGUCCGAUUGACGUAUUUCAGCGAAAAUCUUAGCCGCCACGUCAUCCGCCAGGUUGCGGAAGCGAUUGAAUAUCUACACGAGACAUCGGGUGUCGUUCAUCGUGACAUUAAACCGGAAAACCUCCUGUUCUAUCCAAUUCCCAACGUUCCCAGCAAGAAUCCCAAACCUCAACAACCAGGCGACGAAGACAAAGAAGAUGAGGGAGAAUUCGUCCCUGGAGUUGGUGCGGGUGGUAUUGGUAAGAUUAAGCUUGCAGAUUUCGGUCUGUCCAAGGUGAUUUGGGAUAGCCAGACGAUGACGCCUUGCGGUACCGUCGGAUAUACAGCACCAGAAAUCGUCAAGGACGAGCGUUACUCCAAAAGUGUGGACAUGUGGGCCAUGGGUUGUGUGCUCUACACACUUCUCUGUGGAUUCCCUCCGUUCUAUGACGAGAGCAUCCAAGUCCUUACCGAGAAAGUGGCGCGCGGCCAAUACACUUUUUUGUCACCUUGGUGGGAUGAUAUUUCCAAGUCAGCCCAAGAUCUGAUCUCGCAUCUCCUCACCGUGGACCCGGAAAAGCGGUACACCAUCAAGGAGUUCCUUGCACACCCCUGGAUCCAGGGUACCGAUGAGGAGACUACCGCUGCCGCAGACGCACCCCCUCUAGCAACGCCCUACCUCCAUACCGAAAAAGGCCCGCAGCAGCUCGACUCCUCCAGCGCCGAACACGGGCCCUACCAGCCCGCCAGUGCCCGUUUCCUCGAUCAACCAUCCGUUGCAGCAGACCGGCGCAUGGACUUCCGAUCUCCGGGCGCCUUCAACCUCCGUGAAGUCUUUGAUGUUGGCUAUGCAGUGCACAGACAAGAAGAGGAAACAAAGCGUCGUGUGAUUGCGCGCCAAUCCAACCGCAGUGGUACGGCAGGAUUCCAGUCGGCACUGGGUGCUCUCAACGAAGAUUAUGACGACGAACCCGAAUACAGCAACAACCUCGGAGGCCAACCACUCGCUAAAGUGGCCACUCGCCAAGGUGACAUGGCCGGAAUGGAAGCCAAGCUCCGAUCCACGAACCUCGGCGCUCAAAGCAGCGCUGCACAAGCACGACAACUGCCCCACCAGUCAAAGCCUAAACAGGGCUACGGGAUGCAUGACGCUGCUGUCGCGAGUGCUGCAAAGAGCUCUAUUCGCAAGCAUCAGCAGCCGUUCGAGCUUACUCUGAGUGGUUCCACAUUGCUAGAGAAGCGUGGCCGUCGUAAUCAACCGGUGGCUUAA